AUGCUACAUCGACGAAUAUUUUUUCUCUACUUAUUUAUCUUAUUUUCCGGCAUUUUUGCUCAGAAAAAUGAUCAUCUUGAACAUGAUGAUGAAGAUGAACCUCGAUCAAUAAAUCGAAUACAACCAUCAAUUAAUAGUGAAAAUAAACUUUCUGCAUACAAUAGAGGUAAUAAUAAUGACAAUCAACAACCAAUUGUUGAUCAAUCACGAGUACGUCCACCACUUGAAACAAAUCGGCGAUCAUCAUCAUCGACACCACUUGCUAGUAGUAAUGAGUGUAAAUUUGAUGUGCAAAAAUAUUGUAAUAGAGGAAGUCAACAAUUACUUUCAAAUUUAAAAGUAUUACAAUGCGUUGAUGAUCUUGAUAAUGCUGUGAAUUUAAUUAGUAAAGAAUGUCAACAUCUUAUCUAUAAAUUUAAAUAUAAUAUGACACUUGAUCCACGUUUUGAUGAUGCAGCUGAAAGACAAUGUUCAAAAGAUUUAAAAGUAUUUGAUGAAUGUAAAGGACAUAUUGGUAAAAGUGGUACUGGUCGUCUUGUAACAUGUUUAUAUGAUUUUUUACCUAAUAUAACUGAGUCAUCUUGUCGUUAUUUUAUUAAACAAAUGCAAGCUGUUAUUUUCAAUGAUUGGCGCUUAAUAGAACAUUUUGCUGAUGCAUGUAUGAACGAUAUUAAAAGUUUAGAAUGUGGUCGAUUAGAUGAUGAAAAUGAAGCUAUACCACAUGAACAAGGUGCUGUUAUUUCAUGUUUAUCACAAAAAUAUAAUAAAUUAGGUCAACAAUGUCGAAAAGAAAUUUUUCGCUUAGCUGAAAUGCAAUCGGAUGAUUAUCAUCUUGAUCGUGCUUUAUAUUAUGCAUGUCGUGAUGAUCGAGAACGUUUAUGUGCACAAGUUUCAAGUGGUAAUGGCCGAGUUUAUCGUUGUCUUUAUGAUCAAAAAUUUAAUAGUAUGAUGUCACCAGCUUGUCGUAAAGAAGUUCAUCGACGACAAUCAUUAGUAGUUGCAGAUGUAAAACUGGAUGUACCAUUAACUCGAGCAUGUCGUAAUGAAAUGCUUGAACAUAAAUGCAUUAUUGAUCCUGUAGAAGGUGAUCAAAAAUCAUCAUUAGUUAAAUUACUUUUAUGUCUUGAAGAUACAUUAAAACGAGGUUAUCAUAUACAAGAUGAAUGUAGACGUGAAAUGCUUGUUCAUCGUCGUAUGUUAAUGUCUGAUUAUGAACUUUCACCCGAACUUCAAUCUGAAUGUAAAAUGGAAAUGGUACAAUAUUGUCCAUCGUUAUUUCAACAAGGAGUUAGUGGUACAAUAGAUCAACGUGGUGGUCGAAUGAUUCAUUGUUUAUUAGCUGCUGCACGAAAAGAAAAAGCUUUUGGUAAGCGAUGUUUAUCGGUUGUUAAUUCAUUAGUACGUGCAGUUGAUCCCGGUAGUGAUAUACGAGCAGAUCCAUUACUUGAAACAGCAUGUCGACCUGUUAUUGAUACAUUAUGUCCAAGAAUGAAAUCUGGUGAUUCAAAUGUAAUUUUAUGUUUAUUGGAUAAUUUAAAAAAUUCUCGUAUGACAGAAGAUUGUGAAGAUCGUCUUAUGGAAGUAGCUUUUUUUUUGGCACGAGAUUGGAGAUUAACACCAAGAUUAUUACGUACAUGCCGAAAUAAUCUUGAAAGUUUUUGUCAAUUACCAAAAGAUUGGUCAAUGAAUCAAGACAUAAGUGGUCUUCAAGUUGGAAUGUAUUUAGGUUGUUUAUAUCAACAACGACAACAACUUGAUAAAGAAUGUCGAAGUGAAUUAAAACGUAUUAUGCAUAUUCGAACACAAUCUAUUGGUUUAAUGCCUGAAAUUGAAGAUAAUUGUUUGACAGAUUUAGCAACUUGUAAAAAUCCAGAAAUUAAAGGAGAAGAAUUCAAAUGUUUACAAAAGAAAUAUAAUAAACUUGAAGAACAAUGUAAAGCUGCUGUUCGAAAUUUUACACAAAUGACAAUGUCUGAUCCAACACUUGAUUUUCUUCUUAUGAAAGCAUGUGAACCAAUGAUACAAUUAUUUUGUGGAAAUGUUGAAGGUGGAAAUGAAAAUUAUCUAAUACGUUGUUUAAUUAAACAUAAAAAUGAACAACAAAUGGAUUUUCGUUGUAAAGCUGGUAUUGAUCAUCAUCAAAUAACAAGUAUGAAAGAUGAAGCAUUUUUAAGUCAACAAUUUCGAAAAAAAUGUAUUCAAGAAAUAAAUGAACAUUGUCUAGGAAGAAAAACAAAAGCAGGUGUUAUUCAAUGUCUUGCUGAUUUAAUGUUACGUGAUGUAUUAAAAAAAGAAAAUCAAAUAACUGAAGUUUGUCGUGAUGAACUUAAAUUUGAACUUCUUCAACGAAGUGAAAGUAUCGAUUUUGAUCCAUCAUUAGCUAAAACAUGUCGACAAGAUAUUCAACGAUUCUGCUCUGCACGUACUCCGGGAAAUGCUCAAAUUCUUGAUUGUCUAAAAGAUAAUCAAAAUAAAGUAUCAACAGCAUGUUAUGCUAAAUUAAGAAAACGUGAAAAACUUGAUGUUAUUUUACCUGAAAAUGAUUAUAGUCUUAUGUCAAAAUGUGCAAUUAUUAUUCAGAAAUUUUGUUCAAAUGACAAGAAACAAAAUAUUUUAUCAUGUUUACGACGUAAUAUUAAUCAAGAUGCUAUGCCAAAUCUGUGUCGACGAGUUUUAUAUCAUCGUUUAAUGGUUCUUAAUAGUGAUGCUCGUUUUAAUCAAGGUUUAAUUGAUAAUUGUCAACGAGAUAUUAAUAAAUAUUGUCAAUCAGAAGUAGUUAAUAAUGAUGAUGAUGAUGAUAAAGAUUCCAAUGAAGAUGAUGCUGACGUCAAUGAUAAUGAUACCGAAAUAAAUGAUCGUAAAGAUAAUGUUAAUAAUAAUAAAAAUAAUAAUGAUGAUAAUGAUGAUGAUGAAGUAACUGAUCGUAAAAUGGGUGGUCGAAUUAUACAAUGUUUACGUUCAAAAUAUAGUGAUACAUCGAUUACAUUAGAAUCUCAAUGUGUAUCAGAAUUAGUUGAUGUUAUACAAACAUCAAAACUUGAUGUUAAACUUGAUGUUAAAUUAUAUCAAAGUUGUCGAAAAUUCCUUAAAAGUGAAUGUACUGGUAUGGAUCAAGAAGAUUGUUUAAAAUUACUUUAUCAAAAAAAUAGAAUUGAUGAUGAUACUUGUAAAGAACAAAUUAAACGUAUUGUAAGAGAAGGACAAGCUGAUAUACAUGUUGAUCGUGCUUUAGCAUUUGCAUGUCAAGCUGAUGUUUUGAAAUAUUGUAAUGAUAUUCCUAUAGGAAGUGGAAAACAAUUAAAAUGUUUAUUAAGUAUGGGUAAAUCAGUAACAAGUCAAUGUCAAGCUAUCUUACAAAAACGACAAGAAUUAUGGGAAUCUGUAUCUAAUGUGCAAGGUGUUGCUGACUUAACAGAACAUAUUCGAAAAUCCAAUAAUAGUUUUUAUCUAUUCUCUGUUAUUCUUUUAAUAUUAUGUAUUAUGUUUAUGGCUGGCUGUAUUUGUCGUCCGUAUGUACGUUAUAGUCGUGUCAGAAAAUAUAAAUGA